GCUACGCUAACAAUUACAAAUAGAACAACAAUUUGAAUGAGAGAAAAAUAAAAUCGAUUUCAAUUUUGAUUUUGCAGUUUGGUGGCGGCAAAAAAAGAAAAAACGCGAUGGCGAAGCUAUUAUCCUUAGCUUGCUUUAGAAAUGAAGGAUGGCAUAAUCUCUCAGCUCGAUCUCACUACCCGUCUAUGCCUACCUUUCCUAAAGGCGAGACAGGAACGUCCUCCACCGCCGCGGAGCCUUCGGAGGUUACCGCACUUUUUUCAGUUCUCGGAAUGACUUGCUCCGCCUGCGCCGGAUCCGUCGAGAAAGGUAUCAAGCGCCUCCAUGGAAUUCAUGAAGCCGUCGUCGAUGUCCUCAACAACCGUGCUCGCGUUAUCUUUCAUCCCUCUUUUGUUAACGAGGAGGCUAUUUGUGAGGCAAUUGAAAAUGCUGGAUUUGAAGCGGCGAUACUAACGGACGCGUCAAAUGAAAAUUCUAUUCAAGUAUGUCGCAUACAAAUAAAAGGAAUGACUUGCACAUCAUGUUCAACCGCCGUUGAGUCAGCUCUAAAAGCCAUCCCUGGCGUACAAAAAGCCCAUGUAGCCUUAGCAACCGAAGAAGCCCAAGUCCACUACAACCCAAACAUCGUAACUCAUAUCCAUAUCUUACAAGUCGUUGAUGAUGCUGGAUUUGAACCCACACUUAUUAGUUCAAGUGAAGACUUAAGCAAAAUAGACCUCCACGUCGAAGGUCAUGAUCUCAACGAUCAUUCCAUUCUUAUACUCGUCGAAGAUUCUCUUCGUUCACUCCCUGGUGUUUUGGAAUUACACACCACUCUUGAAUUCAACAAAAUUUCACUUUCUUAUAAACCCGAUAUUACAGGACCAAGGGACUUUAUUAAUGUCAUCCAAGAAACAAGUUCUGGAAAUUUGAAAGCAAAAAUAUUUCCUGGUGAAGGUGGAAGAAGAGAUACUCAUAGAAAACAAGAAAUUAAAAAAUAUUACAAAUCCUUUUUAUGGAGUUUGGUUUUCACUAUUCCAGUCUUUCUAACUUCCAUGGUGUUUAUGUAUAUACCUGGAAUAAAAGAUGCAUUGGAUUCUAAAAUUGUGAAUAUGCUUACUGUUGGAGAGGUUAUACGAUGGGUGCUUUCAACACCGGUGCAAUUCAUUUUCGGGUGGCGAUUUUAUGUUGGUUUUUAUAAAUCAUUGCGCCGUGGUUCUGCUAACAUGGAUGUUCUUAUUGCUCUAGGAACAAAUGCAGCUUAUUUCUAUUCUGUUUACUCUGUUUUGAGAGCUGCUACUUCUAAGGUUUUUGAAGGUACUGAUUUUUUUGAAACUAGUGCUAUGCUUAUUUCCUUUAUUCUUCUUGGAAAGUAUCUUGAGGUUUUAGCUAAAGGGAAGACAUCGAAUGCAAUCGCGAAGCUCAUGAAUUUAACACCUGAUACUGCUAUUUUGUUGAGUUUGGAUGGUGAAGGGAAUGUUAUUAGGGAGGAAGAAAUUGAUAGCAGGUUGGUUCAGAAGAAUGAUGUGAUUAAAAUUAUUCCUGGUGCAAAAGUUGCUUCUGAUGGGUUUGUUGUGUGGGGACAAAGUCAUGUGAAUGAGAGUAUGAUAACUGGUGAGGCACGCCCUGUGUCUAAAAGGAAAGGUGAUACUGUUAUUGGUGGAACUGUGAAUCAGAAUGGAGUUUUGCAUGUUAAGGCAACAAAGGUUGGAUCAGAAAGCGCUCUUUCGCAGAUUGUUCGACUUGUUGAGUCUGCACAACUGGCUAAAGCUCCUGUGCAGAAGUUUGCUGAUCGCAUUUCCACUUACUUUGUGCCUUUGGUGAUCUUGAUCUCAUUGACAACAUGGCUUUCUUGGUAUUUAGCUGGAAGAUUUCAUACUUACCCGAAAUCAUGGAUACCGUCUUCCAUGGACAGCUUUGAGCUUGCUCUGCAGUUUGGAAUAUCAGUCAUGGUUAUUGCCUGCCCUUGUGCUUUGGGUUUAGCCACACCUACUGCUGUUAUGGUUGGCACUGGAGUUGGUGCAUCUCAGGGUGUAUUGAUCAAAGGAGGGCAAGCAUUGGAAAGUGCACAUAAGGUGAACUGCAUUGUUUUUGACAAAACUGGUACUCUCACUAUUGGGAAGCCUGUGAUAGUAAAUACAAAACUAUUGAUAAAUAUGGUACUCCGGGAAUUCUAUGAACUUGUGGCUGCAACAGAGGUGAACAGUGAGCAUCCAUUGGCUAAGGCUGUUGUUGAGUAUGCCAAGAAAUUUAAAGAUGAAGAGAACCCUUCUUGGCCAGAAGCACGAGAUUUUGUUUCCAUUACUGGACAUGGGGUAAAGGCCAUCGUUCGAAACAAGGAAAUAAUGGUGGGAAAUAAGAGCUUUUUGGUUGACCAUAAUAUUGCAAUUCCUGCUGUUGCUGAAGAUCUACUUGCUGAAGCCGAAAAUAUGGCUCAAACGGGAAUUUUAGUAUCUAUAAAUGGUGAAGUAGCCGGGGUUUUAGCAAUCUCUGAUCCAUUGAAACCAGGUGCUGAAGAAGUCAUUUCCAUUCUUAAGUCUAUGAAAAUUAGGAGCAUCAUGGUGACUGGGGACAAUUGGGGAACUGCUAAUUCCAUUGCCAGGGAAGUUGGAAUUGAAAGUGUUAUUGCUGAGGCGAAACCCGAGCAUAAAGCAGAUCAUGUGAAAAACUUACAGUCUUCUGGGUAUACAGUGGCUAUGGUAGGGGAUGGCAUCAAUGAUUCACCUGCACUUGUGGCAGCAGACGUGGGAAUGGCAAUAGGUGCUGGCACAGACAUUGCUAUUGAAGCAGCUGAUAUAGUCCUAAUGAAGAGCAACUUAGAAGAUGUCAUAACUGCCAUUGACCUUUCAAGAAAAACAUUUUCACGCAUACGCCUCAAUUACGUUUGGGCUUUAGGUUAUAAUAUGCUUGGCAUUCCAAUAGCAGCUGGAGUUAUUUUCCCUUUUACAGGCUUUCGAUUACCACCCUGGAUUGCUGGAGCUGCUAUGGCUGCCUCUUCUGUCAGUGUUGUUUGUUGUUCUCUGUUGUUGAAAUAUUACAAGAGACCCAAGAAGCUCAACAACCUUGACAUACGUGCCAUAAGGAUCGAUUCAUCUAGUGAUCCUUUGAUCAUACAUGAAGAUUAAGGAAGGUUUUGAUUUAGCUACUCUACUCUGUACAAAUAGGCAUCGAGGGCUACAAACAUUUUAGUUAUGUUUUGCGUGUGUAUAUAUGUUUGAUGAUGAUUUGUGUAAACAUAAGCAAUGUGAUGCAUGGGAAAAGUUGUCUUUUAUCAAAUGGAAAAGAUCAUGUAAGUGCAACUCAGAUCGGAAAAGGUUGCAUGAACAUUUCAUAUGUUGGGUUGCAGAUCAAAUCCGCAGUACUACACUUCUUUAUAUUUAGAGUGAGUUAGUUUUGUCAUUAGAUUUUUUAGAACAAAAAAAUAAAAAAAUUUCUUUUUUAAGUGAAAGUGAGUUCUAGAAUUGUCAUUUUAGCUUUGUAAAUACAUCAUUACUAGCAUAAUUGAUCCGUGUUAAGUA